AACAACGAAGCCCAGCCGAGAGGAGAGGAGCUGGACAGAGAGAGGGAGAGGAAGAGAAAGAGGGAGGAAGAGAAAGAGGGAGGAAGACAGCGAGAGGGAGGAGUGUUUUCUCCUCAAGACUCGUGUUCUACUGCAGCCAUUCUCAGAAACCCUGAGUGGAGGGGGUUCUAUUUGUACCCUCCCUCCCUCACUGUCUCUCUCCGUCAGACUGCCUAGCAACAUGCAGGACUAGCCACAGCACUAUCACCACAGCUCUGCUGUCUCUUACUGCUUUCUUUCAGCAGAACAGAAGACAUGCACACAGGAGCAGAGAAGAGAAAGCACAAGGCAAGGUGAAGGAUUCAGUUUUAUUUUCGGACACAUUGCAAAAGGGAAGUGGGGAGAGGAAGAGAAACAGAGAGAGAGAGAGACCGUUGGAGAGAUAGGUAAAGAGAGGGGGGGGCUAUAGUGCAUAACUGAGACUAAGGAUCAAGAAGAGAAAAAGGGAGGAGGGAGAGAGUAGAGAAAGAGCCCUAAACCUAAAGGCUUGGUGACGCAGAGGGAGAGAGGAGAUGAUGGAGACUGUGGAAUGCGCUGUGACAGAUGGACGGAUGUUACGCCAACAAUAAUCCAUCCAGCCCCGGACGAGGGAGAUGUGCGUUGUGUGAUUAGGCGGACAGGGUGGAAGAGGACAUUACCCCAGAUUCCAGAGAAGAGGAGCAGUGAUGGCGUGCCGAGUGUGCCGACAGACGGCACCAGCGAUCACACAGUCCAUCUGCCAGCUGCAGGAGGAGAUAAGAGAGGUGAUCCACUGAGGAGGCAACUCCAAUCUCUGAUCUGAAGGAGCCCAGACCUGGAGCAUGAUCCUGGGUGUGUCUGCAGAGUCAGUGAAGAGCCUGCGACCUGCCUCCAUGGCCACAGAGUCAGCACCGUCCUAGCUCUGCCACGGGACCCAAGCAUCCCCCUGCUGGCUCCGCGAGGAGCCUCAAGUAUCCCCUUGCUAGCUCUGCCAGGAGGCCUUGUACAGUACAUCCACUACUAGCUCUGCCAGGAGGUUCACUCCCACUCGUCUGCCAGCUCAGAUAACCCUCUGGCUGUUGGCAAACACAUGUUUGACGUGAUCGAAUGUGACCACAACCGUGCCAUCCAGAGCAGCACCAGCAGCAGCCCCCUGUUCCUCCUGCCUGCCGAUUCACCAUGCAGUGGAGACGUUGGCACUACUGCCCCAUCAAGAUGACCUGGACCGUGAAGCGCUCGCUCUUCCGGACCCACGUGGCGGGCCUCCUGUCCCUGGCCCUCCUCUUCACCCUCUUCCUUUUCUUCAGCCACCAGGACUGGCUGCCGGGCCGGACCUGGCCCCGGGACAACCCCCUGGCCUACACCGUCAGGGGGUUCCGCACGGCCAAGGCCGAAGCAAACCAGAGCCUGAGCCUCCGGAGCCUGUGGAGGGAGACGGGCUACGUGCCUCCCAAGCCCCAUCUCAACAUCAGCUCCCAGCAGGGUGAGGGUGGCGGUGGUGGGGGAGCCAUAAUGGGCGUGACAGGACUGGAGAACUCAAUGAGUGCCAACAACAGUUUACAGCAGGAAAUGGGCGUAGGAGGGAGGCUCAAUGCCCAGCCCUAUCGCUACAUCCUCAACCAGCCCUUCAAGUGCAGAGACAGAACCCCGUUCCUGGUGCUGCUUAUCGCUGCAGAGCCAGGCCAGGCAGAUGCCAGGAAUGCUAUCCGUCAGACGUGGGGCAACGAGAGCGUGGCCAUGGGCCUGAGCUUCGUCCGACUAUUCCUGCUGGGUUUGGGGCGGAACUCAGACACAUACACCCAGACCGCCAUCGAGGAGGAGAGCCGGGUCCACAAUGACAUCAUCCAGCAGGACUACCAAGACACAUACUACAACCUCACCAUCAAAACCCUGAUGGGCAUGAACUGGGUGGCCAGCCACUGCCCCCAAGCGCGCUACGUCAUGAAGACGGACAGUGACAUGUUUGUCAACACGGAGUAUCUCAUCCAGAAGCUGCUGAAACCAGAGCUCCCGCCCAGACAGAGCUACUUCACUGGCUAUCUGAUGAGGGGCUACGCGCCCAAUCGCAACAAGGACAGCAAGUGGUACAUGCCUCCUGAGCUGUACCCUAGCGAGAGGUACCCCAUUUUCUGCUCGGGGACGGGGUACGUGUUCUCCGGGGACAUGGCGGAGAGGAUCUACCAGGCAUCUCUGAGCAUACGGAGGCUGCACCUGGAGGACGUUUACGUUGGCAUCUGCCUGGCCAAGCUCCGCAUUGACCCCACACCACCGCCCAACGAGUUCCUCUUCAACCACUGGAGGGUGUCUUACUCCAGCUGUAAGUACAGCCACCUCAUCACCUCCCACCAGUUCCAGCCCAACGAACUGGUCAAAUACUGGAACCACCUGCAGAGCAACAAGCACAAUGCCUGCAUCAACAUGGCCAAGGAGAAGAAUGGGAAGUAUAGACACAGGAAGUACCACGCAGAGAGACCUCAGUGAUGAUGCCUCUACUUCAUGUGGAAGGGGUCUGGACAGGAAGAGGACAAUGAAAGGAAGUGGACUAGAGGAAGGGCUGGGUCUUGAAAGGGCAUGUAAAGAGAGCUCAGCACUAUACACUAUCUGGGAAAGAGCACUGUGUUUUUGGUAUUGCGUACGGUUGAUUAAAGCUAUUUUUUUUAUUUGAGAGAGAUGUUAUGUAUUGUAAACCUGUUGAAAACUAUUUUUAAAAAGGGCAGUGAAGUGGUCAGUGGUUGAUGGGGUUUUGUUAUGCAACAGGUAGUUCACUUUAACUGUUGGGCCAAUUCUAUCAAAGACCUUUAAACUAUUAAUAAUAUAAAGAGUAUUUACAUGGGACGGGAUAGAGAUAAAUCUAUCACAUUAAUAAUACCUACUACCACUACCUACAAAAAAAUAAUGAAUAUAUUUAUGAUGUGGACAUGUAAUGCUGCCCUUUUUUCAAGGAUCAUAAAAUACAAAUUAAAAGGGUUUACCUGUCAAUAUGCCAUAUAUUUGUAUUUACAACCAAGGUGAAAGGACUCAGAAUCAUCACAACUGUCAGAAAUGACUGAGAUUGUAUUUUCUAAAGCUUUACAUUAGUAAAUAUGAGGAGUCUGCGCUUCAGUAAAUGUGCAAUGAAUUAAAUAACAAUUAAAUGUAUUGAAUUCUU